AUGCAGCACUCAGCUGAGGCCGCUAGAGUAAUCCCUACCUGGAAAAUGCAGGUUGCGCAGCCUGCUUCUUCAGAAAACGCAAAACCCAGCAAUAGCCGUGAUCCUAGAGCCCGACGACGUAAAUCACUGCCUUGUGAGACGUGCUAUAAGAAAAAGAUCAAAUGUGAAUUCAACGAAUCAAAGCAUACUUGUACUCCAUGCAUGCGCCGUAGCCUGAAAUGCAAGCCUAUCUCGGGCAAGGGGACGAGAGAUGGCCCAAGGAGGUCACGCUACGUGAGGAAUCUGGAAGAGCGCCUGAAAAAAACCGAGUCUCUACUGCGAGCUGCCGGUAUCUUGGUUGAAACAGCAAAUCUUGACGAAAUGAGCGACGUCGCAGAAGAUCUCGACGAAGAUGACAUUGCCAUGGAGGACGAAAGCGAUACAUCUACGGGCUCUCGAGAUUCCAGCGGAAGUAUCUCUCAUGAAUCAGACGUCACUACUGAAAGUGCCACCGCUAAACGAGCCUCGCCGACCAGUGUCACAAACAGGUCCUUCCAUCAUAAUCCUCCGAUUUCUUCGAACGUUCGGAAACGCUCGAAUACCGGGAAAGGCGGCCCGCCAGUAUACAAACCAGACAAAGGAUGCUCGCUAUAUCUCGGGCGGUCCACACCCCUCUCGAUAUUGACCCGCGAAGGUGUUGAAUGGGUCAAGAGCAGGUCCGGUGAAGCGAAUUCUCUCAGUUCUUUGCUAUCGGGCACGAAAUUCGAUAGUCCAUGGGCAUAUUGGCGACCUGAUGUCUUCUACGACGUAUUUUCCUCCAAGGUGUAUAAGCCGCUGCCACCCAGAGCUGAAGUUUUCUCCUUACUAAAGGACUACUUCCGGACUGUCAAUCUCAUGUUUCCUCUAUACCAUGAAGAGACGUUCAUGCAGCUAGUCGAAUGGCAGUACACUCAGCAGACUUGCGACGAUGCAGCGCGGUGGGCCAGCAUCAACAUUAUUCUCGCUCUGGCACACGAAUACCGAUUCUCUAAUAGUCAAAAGUCAGAAAAGGAUAGGGAGAAGGCGUGGCUCUAUUAUAAAAAUGCUCUAUCAGUGUUUCCCGAGCUAGUAAUGCGACGAACUGAUCUUCUGAGCGUACAAGCCCUCCUGGGCAUGGCACUUUUCCUCCGAGGAAACUCUGGUACGCAAUCGACUGUCCCUGUCGUCACGGCCGCAAUACGAUCGUCGCACCGAAUGGGGCUUCAUCGUGAGAUUCCCAGGCCGUAUCUCGGCAAGAUCGAACAAGAGCAGAGAAGAAAUGUGUUCUGGAUUGCCUACGUCAUUGAUCAAAGCAUAUCUAUCCGACUAGGAAACGCACCCACGCAACAUUUCGAUGACUUCGACGUCGAGAUUCCCUCCGACGAGAAUGCCGCUGGGCUCGUGAUGGCCGAUAACAAACUCUUUUUCCCACGGCUUUGCCGCAUUGCAGUGCUCAGGAGCCGAAUCUACCGGCUAUUCUACUCCGCGAGGGCAUUGGAAAACAAAUCAACGGCCGACAUCUGUGAAAUGAUCCACCAACUGCAUGCGGAACUCGAUAACUGGAAAAGCGAGUGCCAUUUUGAUAACCUUCUGAAACGGAGAGGGUCAGGCGAAGAUUUUCUCGCUGGAUUCGCCUCUGCUGGUUUAUUCCUCGUAUACUACAACUCGUUGAUUAUGAUUCACCGUCUACCGAUGUUGAUCAACUUCAUCUACCAGUCGCGCGCUGACAGUGUACCGGAGUUCGACCUGAAACUGAUAUUGAGCCAGUCCUCUUCUUCGGCAGCCAUUUGUGUUCAGGCUGCUCGGGAUACUCUGAAGCUAGUCAAUAACCUACCGUGGGGCGAUAUUGCAUGGAUAUGGUCGCUCUUAUACUACGUAUUCCUAGCGGUGAUGACAAUCUUCGCCAACAUCCUCCGCAACAGCCAGCAGCCAACCGCCAAGGACGACCUGCAAUCUCUAAACAUGGCCGCAACCUUUUUCGCAACGCUUGUCCCGGCCGACGGACCUUGCAACUACGCAAGGUUCAUGACUCGUAUGAGCACGACCUUCGAGCGUAUCGCGCGAACCGUCCUAGAGCGAGAUCAGAAGCCACACCCAGACUCGAAACGCAAGGUUUCAUCCAAGCCUCGGCCUUCAAGUACGUCAGGUCCAGAUACAAAUGGAAAGUCACGACCCGAAUCCACAGCCACGAACAACAACCAGACUUCCUCUACAUCCACAAACAUCGACAUUCCCAAUAACCUCGAGGGCCUACCACCCAUAAACUCAAGCGGCUACGUUGUCCGCGAAAGCCCACCACCCAGCACGAGAUCCGACGACAACUCGGAUACAUCCCAAUCACCCUCCACACAUCUUUCCAAUAAUUUCCUUCCAGACCUUCGCCAACAACAACAACAACAACAACACCCUUCAAACCUGACAACAAACGUGAACCAAUACCACACCCAGCAACAACACCCAUACGCAACCGAAAACAUCCCCAUGCCAUUCCCCCUCCCGGCCCUCGACGAAUCAUCCUUUACCUUCACACAGCCGGAACUGUGGCAGAUUCCUCUCACUGCGGAUUGGGAGUUCGGGUUCGGGGGGCAGUUUCUAGGUGGCAUGUUCGGGCAACCUGGCACCGACAGUAACAAUGGAAACAUGGAUAGCAGCGCUAUUCACGCACAGAGUUAUAUGUUCCAGGGUGCCACGGGGCCUCAGUCGAUCGGAACAGCAGCUGUUCCGGAGACUACUGCAGUACCUGUGCCAGUGCCUGUUUCUUCGGUGCCCAUGAUGAGCAGUACAUAUCCCACCAUCCCUGGUUAUCCGAAUGGGAGUCAAUGUAACGGUAUUGGUGCUGGUGUCGCUCCAGAGGCAACGCCGGGUUUAAAUCCGGCGGCGAUGUGGAUGGGUGGGAGCAACUGCUAUGGGAAUCCUUACUAG